AUGGCAUCCCUCCCCGUCCUGCAGAGGGAGACACUGUUCCAGGCGGGAGCCCAGACCUACAGAAUCCCCGCCCUGCUCUUCCUGCCGCAGCAGAAGGUCCUGCUGGCCUUCGCCGAGAAGCGCACGAGCAAGACCGACGAGCACGCGGAGCUAAUUGUCCUGCGCAGGGGCAGCUACAGCGCGUCCGCCCACCAGGUCCAGUGGCACGCUCAGGAGGUGGUGGCCCAAGCCCAGCUGGAGGGCCACCGGUCCAUGAACCCGAGCCCCCUGUAUGACGAGACGACGGGCACCCUCUUCCUCUUCUUCAUUGCCGUCCCCGGGCAGGUCUCUGAGCACCACCAGAUCCACACCAAGGUCAACGUGACGCGGCUGUGCCAAGUCACCAGCACUGACCACGGCAGAUCCUGGAGCCCCGCCAAGGACCUCACCAACUCUGCCAUUGGCGAGGCCUACAAGGAGUGGGCCACCUUUGCGGUGGGCCCGGGGCACUGUCUGCAGCUGCGCAACAGGACGCAGAGCCUGCUGGUGCCCGCCUAUGCCUACCGGAAACUGCACGCCCAGCAGCGGCCCACCCCCUUCGCUUUCUGCUUCAUCAGCCACGACCACGGGCUCACGUGGCAAAGAGGCAACUUCAUGGCCCAGGACACCCUGGAGUGUCAAGUGGCUGAGGUCAGGGGUGCCACACAGAGGGUGGUAUAUCUGAACGCUAGAAGCACUCUCGGGUCCAGGGUUGAGGCCCAGAGCGCCAAUGACGGGCUGGAUUUCAGGGGGAUCCAGCUGGUGCAGAAGCUGGUGGAGCCUCCCCACGGCUGCCACGGGAGCGUCAUCGGCUUCCCUAGCCCCUGCCCGGGGUCAGGCCCCUCGGAGAAGUGGCUGCUCUACACUCACCCCACUGACCCCAAGCACAGAUCCAACCUGGGUGCCUACCUCAACACGCAGCCCCUGGCCCCCGAAGCCUGGUCCCAGCCCACCCUGCUGGCCACGGGUAGCUGUGCCUACUCGGACCUCCAGGGCCUGGGCGUCGGCCCCGACGGCUCCCCCUUGUUUGGGUGUCUGUAUGAAUCUGGUAACUACGAGGAGAUCGUCUUCCUCAUGUUCACCCUGAAACAAGCCUUCCCCUCUGAAUUCUCCGCCCAGUGA